AAACAAUCUGUUGUAUACGCCACUUGGAACUCAAGUUUCAAGGACACGCUCGCGACAACCCCUCCGCUUUAAUAUGACGAGCACGAAGAGAACUUUCAAAAAUUUAACGGGGACUGUCAUUUUCAAUGACUUGUUGUAAUAUGCUGUAAAUUUGGAGGGGGGGGGCUUAUACUCAAGCAGGGGUUUAUUUUUUUUUUAUAUAGAUGCCCAAAAUGAAGCACACAUGAGCCAAUGUGUUAUUAAUGGUCAAAGGCCCAGCUUAGACGAGGUUCCUGAUGACUGUCCCAAGUUUUUACUCAAAAUCAUGAAAGAUUGCUGGAAUGGUAUACCAAAUGAAAGACCAACAUUUUGCAAAUUGAAAGAAAUUGUGGAUAAAGAGAUUUUGGAAUAUGAGAAGACAGGUGAAGUUUCAAAAGCAAUGGAAGAUUUACACAAACAAGCCAGGGAGAAGACCCGAGGAAGUCAACCAGAGGAACCAGAGGAAGCGAGCUCAGUAGAUCAAAUCACUUCCGGAAUGUCAGGAGUACAAGUUGAUGAUGAUAUUGCUACAGAUUCUGACCCAAUAAAUCCAUCUGACAAUGGAGAUAAUCAUGAGCGAGACCACAGACAACUACCGUCCAAUGUAACAAGUUCCCUACAGGAAACACACGAAUCACAGGAGGAAGUGUCAUCAGCGACAUCACCAAAAAAAUCUUUAAAAAAGUAUGAACCACAAUAUCCAGAGAAAAUUGUGACAGAUAGAUUACUGUUGGAUGUUUCUGUGAAAAUACAAGGAGAAUGGAAAAUAGUAGCGGGAUACCUAGGAAUACCACAACAUGAGAUUAAUGGGAUUGCAAUUGAUAAUGCUAGUUAUGGCGCCCAGGAACAGGCAUGUCAGAUGUUGAAUAAGUGGCAUCAGCGUAAUGGUGGAGAAGCCACACACAAAGCUCUUGCCAAAGCCUUGAAUAAAGCCGAAAGAAAUGACAUUGUUAAAAUGCUGUAAAUAUAAUGGUGUAAUAGAAAGAUUAUUCUUAUUGUGUGGAAUAUCAUUCUAACUGGACAGUCGAGAUACAGCAAUGGACAUUUUGUACCCUCCCCA